CUUUUUGUACGUCUUGUCGCCACCUGAGAGAAAGAAGUGAAAUGACUUGGACCCUCUUCAGAUCCAUUAACGCUUCAACUCUCGACCUCUCCGCCGCACUUCGCUCUUCUUCUCCUUGCACCCCAUUGGUCGCCGCAGGUGCAACACUAGCUGGUGUUUCCCUUUUCAGAAUGUCUUCGAGCUCUCCAUCUUUCGCUUCCCUCUCUGUCUCAGCUUCUGCUUCUGAUGAUAACCACUUACCAAUCAUUCGUAAGAAGGAAGUUGUGUCUACAGAUAAAGCACCACCUGCUUUGGGACCAUACUCUCAGGCCAUCAAAGCCAACGGUUUCAUUUUCGUUUCUGGUGUUCUUGGACUUGUACCUGAGACGGGAGAGUUUAUUUCGGAUGACGUUGAAGAUCAGACUUAUCAGGUACUGAAGAACAUGGGGGAGAUAUUGAAAGCUGGUGGUGCUAGUUACUGCUCCGUGGUGAAGACAACCAUCAUGCUUGCUGACUUGGCUGACUUCAAGAAAGUGAACGACAUAUACGGCAAAUACUUCCCAGAUGCUCCUCCGGCAAGAUCCACAUAUCAAGUGGCGGCUUUGCCACUAAACGCCAAGAUCGAGAUUGAAUGUAUUGCAGUACUCUAGAACAGCAUCAACCUCUUCUAUGAAGGGUUCUUGAUUUGGAAGAUGUCAAAACAAAUAAGAGGAAACCAUUGUUUGGGGGAUUAUCUUUAUCAAUUCAUACACAGCGUAUUUUUUUUUAAUUUUAGUGCGGAUUAUUAACCAUUAGGUUGGUUGCUAAAACGUAAAGCCCCUUGGCAUAAUCAAGAAGAAUAAGUGAUUUCCUGUUGACUUGAUAUGUAUUGAGUACAUUAUUUG